AUGGAGCAGUCGGACAAGCUCGUCGGUGUCUUUCAGGGAUCCUGGCUGAGCGAAGACGGCGAGCACGUGGCCACCAUCGAAGGAUUUGAAAUCCAAUGGCCGGACGGCUCCUCGAAGCAGCUGGCUCUCGAUGAGACCGACGAGGAUCGCUUCACCUUCGAAUUGGAAGACCAGGUGUUCGGUGGACGGCUGGUAUCUGAAGAUCGGCUGGAGUUCACAGAUGGAGACGUCUGGAUUCGGUCCAGAAAGGUAGAAGCCAAGCCCAAACGGAAAUCCGCUCCUCGCAAGCCGCCCGUCCCACUUGAUGGAACGGAGCCCAUCAAGCCCAAACGGAAAGCGGCACCGCGUAAACGGAAAGCAGGACCGGCCGAAGAGAAGGCCAAAAAGUUCAAGGUCACCUCUAAGAACAAGGUUGGUAUCCUCUCAAAGCCGGAAAUCGAAGCCGAGGUGAAGACGUACUUGAUGCCCGGUGCUGUCUUCAUGGCCGAGGAGGAGUGGGUAGAUCCCAGGGACGAGCGCAAGUACUUCUUCAUCACCACGGAACAUGGCUGGGUACCCCAAUGUUCGCGAAAGGAUCCCUCGAAAGUUGUCGUGGAGGAGCAGAUAUCCAAAGCCAAGAGGGCGCGCAUGGAAGCCGAGCAAGCGGCAGCUGCAGCGGCUGCUCUGGAGGCCGAAAAAGCCGCCGAGGCAGCCGCCGCCAGAGGGGAGCCCGAAGCGGAGGAGGGCCCAGAGCAGCAGGCGGAGGAGAAAGUCGAGGAGGGCCUUGAGGAGACAGCCGCCGCUGCGGACGUGGCGCCAGAGGAGGCCGCGCCUCCCACGCCCAAGGUCCGCGCCAAGGCCAAGGCCAAGGCCGUGCCAGUGCCGAUCUCUAAAGAAGAGCUGGAGGACAAGGUGCUGGAAGAGGUGGAGGGCAUCGACGUCGAGGGGGAUCUCCUUCAGACCUUCGAGGGCCUCGUUGAGGAAGGUGAAAUCGCUGCUGCGUCCUGCGAGCAGUGCUGUCGCCUCAUGAAGCUGCCGCUGCAGAAGCUCAAGGCCAUGCUCAAGAGUGCUUGGCUGCCGGUGGAAGGGCCCCAGCAACGCCUAGCAGUCCGCCUGGUGCGGUUUCUCUCGGACCUUGGCCCCUGCGGUGAGGACGUCGCGCUCUUUGAGGCCGCCGGCCUCCCCACCGCCCCGCCCACGCGCCGGCUCCGGGGGAAGCACAAGGCCCCGCCCGCCCCGGUGCCAUCAAAGCCGCCGGCGCCGGUCAAGUCGGCACGGUUCUGGGGUUGGAAGCCGAGGGUAUCGAGACCGAAGAAGACACCGAAGGUGAUGACGGUCGAAGACCUGGUGGAUUCUGGAAAGAUCCCUGAGGAGUCUGCCGAGAGGUACGAGGCACUGUCCGGCGCAGACAUGUCGGAGCUUCAGGAGAUGGCUGAGUCCCUCGAGCUACAAAGCGAAGGCACACCGCAGCAGCUUGCCUUCCGAAUCGUCCGCCGCUUGGCUGGCCUGCCCCCCGCCAACGAUUCUGCACUCGGUAAGACGCCGAAGGCGCCCGUCCGAAAGGCAGCCGCGAAGCCGAAGCUUCGUGCAGGGAAGCUCGGAGGGGCCUCGCGGCUGCGGCAGAAAACUCCUCGUCGGGCUGCUGGGCGCGGCGGCAAAGCUGGACGAGGUCGCCGGGUCGCGGCACCGAAGCUGCGGAUGCCGAAGCCCGAUCUCGGGCCAAGCAAAGCAAAGCUGCGCGCCUUUCUCGUCAAUUUCCUGUCGGACGCAGAUGUGGAAAACACUACCAUCGGGCAGUUGAAGGAGGCUGCGAAGGAGGAGUUUGACCUGAUGACCGACGAGGCGAUCAGAAAUCUCCGGGAGCUGGCUGCUGUGGAGAUGCGGAAGCAACUUACGGCCAGGCGACGGAAGAAGCCGAGGAUGGAUGAGAUGGAGGAUCCUCCUCAGGAGCCAGGCCCCGAGGGUGAUCCAGAAGGGGAAGCCCAGGAGGCAGCCGAGGAGAACCAGGAGCCAGCGGAGCCCCCGGCUGCGGCAGCACCUGAAGCUGAAGCUCCAGAAGCCGCACAGGAUGAAGCAGGGCCCCCGCCGGAGAAGGAGAAGCCACAGGAAGAGGCACCGGACCACGAGGAAGAUUCGGAUUCGGACUCGUGCUCGAUCUCGCCCUUUGACAUGGCACUGCUCUCUUCGCCCGCUCCGGGCCUUCGCUCACCGGGGCCCUCCGGGCUCCGGUCUCCUGGUCCCGGCCAUCGCUCGCCGGCACCCCUGACGCCUGCGAAGCAGCCAGAAGGUUCCCCAAAGCAUGCGCCAUCCAAGUCCGGGCAGCGUGGUCUUGGUCGGGGCCGUGGCCGCGGCGAAGCGCCACCUAACGAAGGCGCCGCGGAGCCCUCGGCGCCGGAGGCUUCCUCGCAGCCGAAGGCCCCGGAAAAGGCGGUGGGCAAAGCCAAGGGGGAGACAAAGAAGACGAAGGCGACGUUGCCCAAAGUCAAGAAAGACCUUCCAACGAAGGCGUCGGAGACGAGCAAGCCCGCUUCUGCCGAAGAGCGCAAAGCCCAAGCGGAGGAAAAGAGGAGCCAAAACUCCUUCGUCUUCGUCUCCAGUGGAACAGGGCACAAGCUGGAAGACAACGUGGAUGACGAUCAGCAGCUCAUGAAGCUAGCGGAGCUGAGGCAGAAGGAGGCCGCCGAGCGACGGAGGCGUGCCAUGGAGACGGUCGUCUUUGAUGGCAUCCAGUCAACGCUGGCAAAGUUCGUCCAGCACAGCAUCGUCCAUGCGGACAAGCAUGCGCUGUUGCAGCAGGCCGGACAGCUGAACUGCAAGAUCAAAGUCCCAGCAGUGAUUUGGAGUUCCGAUUUGGAGAAUCGCCUUCGCAACUUCGUCGCCGGUUUCGGUGGCGGCUUGGCCCAAGACACUACAAAGGACAAGCCCAGCAAGCCCAGCAGGUCCAAGAAGUCUGAGAAGGUCCGCGCGCUGCGGGCCAAGUUGGCUGCGGCUAAAUCCAAGGUCAGCGCCGAAGUCGCCGAACAAGGGCAGAAGGACGCCGAAUCCGAAGCCGCCAAAGGUGAGGACCAGGCCGGAGCCAAAGCACUUGAAGCCGAGGAGACCGAGGCCGACGCCAAAGCAGCCGAAGCGCAAGAGACGCAGAAUGUAGCCGAGGCAGAUGGCAGAGCACCCGAAGCACCGGAGAUUCAGACGUCAGCCGAGGCCGACACAAAAGCUUCUGAAGCACCGGGGACCCAGACAUUAGAGGCCGAAGCACAAGCAGCCGAGACCGAGACGCAGCAGACACAGCCGGGGGAGGCCCAAGGCAAAGCCAGCGAGGCAGAGACGGAGCCUAAGGAGGCAAAAGCCGAAGCACCCGAGGCACAGCAGACAAAGCCUGCGGAGGCCGAAUCCAAGGCAUCCGAAGCACCAGAGGAGCUUCCUGAGAAGGCAGAAGCCAAUCCACCAGAAGCACAGACCCAGCUCGUCGAGGCCGAAGCCAAAGCACCCGAAGUACAGGAGGCGCAACUGGUGAAGGCCGAUGUCAAGGCAACCGAAGCAGAGAAGCCUCAGGAGGAGAUCGCGAAUGCAGUUGCCAGACUUCUCGAAGAAGGCGCCAUCCCGACCACACCGGGGCAGAUCCCUGGCACUCCACAGUUUCUGGGGGUGAAGCCGGCGGGGAACGAAGCCCCCGGUGCAAUUGUGGCCGCCGGACAUGCAGUGCAGCGCGCUUAUGCCGGACCCGUGUCCAAGUGGAUGAUCACCUUGGAUGCACCUGCUUUGCAGCACUACGUCUUCAAGCAUCCUCAGGUGGUGGACAUGACGGACCUGAAGUUCAAGAAGUUCGCCGAGUCCUUCACAGCAAAGGCAGACCUGAAAGAGGUGAAGAUCAGCGAUUUUCUGGCGUCCAUCAACCGUCGCUUCGGGGAACAGCUGGCGGAAAGGAAGCCUCGUAUCAUCCGAAUGCUGAAGGAACUUCUGCAAAAGAGGGUGGAUGAAGAGGAGGCGGCAAAGCGGGCAAAGGAAGAGCAAGAAGGGAUGGAAGAGCAGGAGGAGCCAGAGGAGGUGCAGGCCAAGCCCAAGGGCAAAGCCAAGGGCAAGGCCAAGGGCAAGGCGAAGCCAAAGCCGAAGCCAGCCGCGAAGAGCAUGGAGCCCCAGAAAGAGCGGAAGAAUGUCUCUACAUCCGGGUCUUCAAAGAAGAAUGCGGUUCCCGAGGAGGAUCCGGAAUAUGUCCUCUUCCAGGACGACAAGGAUCUGAAAUGGGUCGUGCGCGUCCUGGCACCCUUCGGAAUGACCGAGGGCGGCGGGAUGGUGAUCAAGCCUCCGGUCAGCCAGGCUGUUCCACUCAUGAAGAGCCUCAAACAACUGUCGACAUGGCUCUCCCUGAAGCAGCAUCUUCAAGAGACGAAGCUUGGACGGGUGGUCAACGCCCUCCGACGUCAUCCCGAUUCAGAGGUGGCGGCGCUGGCACGGGAGUUGAUGGAGAGCUGGAAAGAGACCUGCCAGCAGCAGCUGCGAGAUCGUGCUUCUGGCCAGGCAAGCCAGCCGGCAUUGACGGAAGAAGGCGCGGAAGAGGGCGCGGAAGAGUGA